GUUGAGUUGGAUUAUGAGACCGAGAACUGCAUUGUUCAUUUGCUUGUACCAAUACUAGUCGGAGAAAGAAAAGAGUGUUCACCGCUUCACUCUUCUAGCUGUGCAGGACAAGUGUGUAAGAUUUUCUGCUAUAGUCAUGGCGAGGCAACGUGGCUCCCCGUUGGCUCUCCUCAUUCUCUCGUUCCUGGUCGCUUGUACCGUAGAAGGUGCACCUGGUGUUACAACCCCGACUCUCAAUGUCCAACUGAGCCAGAACCAAGUUGUUGCGACGCCUGCAGCGAAGAACCAAGGUCAGGCUGUGACUAAACCUGCCAACCCAGGAAAGUCAACAGUGGCGGUGAAAGCCACCGGCGCAGUGGGGAACCCUAAGUCUACCAAUGAGUCAACGUUGACCACCGCUGCUAUCGCUAAUGUCGUAUCAACAGUACCAGGUCCUGUAGUAACUGAAUCGCACUAUUACCGUGUCCCUCUGAGUCUAAAGCAUGGUGCCAUGGUCUUGAUUAUCGUGGCAGGCGUCAUUGGGUUUUUCUACAUUGUGCUCUCAAGUUGGCGGUCGUCACGAAGGCGUAACAGAUUACGAUCGUUCCGCGGAGCACGUGAGAAACAAGAAAUGGAGCCCCUGGGCAAAAAUGCGGACGACCAGGAGGACGAGACAAUAUUUGACAUGUCAAGAGCGUAGCUUCGCUCGCUCUGUCGACUCGAUGAUGCCGUUCUUUCGCUUUUGCGUUUCCCUGUCCUGACCUGGCUGGCCAUUUUCUGCUUCCUUGCGUCUGGCACACUCUUUAUGAACCGAUGCUGUUCUAUAAAGUAUCUGUUCUGCUGAACCAUUGCAACAGGUAUGUUGUUAUUGCUGUACAUAGCCAAUUAAAACCUGACCUGUCGUGUGUCUGCCGACGUCCUGUUUGCUCGCUCUGGCUUUCCCUAGGUGCCACAGCAUUCAAUUGCGCCUCUACACGUCUCGUAUCUGUAGCUACAGUUGUCGUGCCAACAUGUUUCAUGGACAUGCCAGCUCUGCGGUCGCUUUUUUAUUCAUCUUUGGACAGUGGACACGUGGGGAACUACCAUAACCGAUUUUUUUUGCACAUUUUCUUCGUUGACUAGCGGUAGAUACAGGUUUUUAUGAACAAUGCUCACCAGUUUUCUACAUGCACACCGGAUUAUUUUUAGGGUAGGCAUUCGAGCGCCACUUCUCACAACAAGAUCUGUGCGUGUGUUGAGAAAGCCUGCGCCCCGUUUUAAAAGCACUGCACCAGAUUCUGUAUGACUUGUGCCAUAUCAAUACAAUGUCAUGUACGUUCGGCUAUUUAUGUGUAAUGGUUUACAGGAACGAA